AUGCCUGCCAUUCAGGUGGUAUUGAAACGUACAGCAUUACAUGCAGCUGCUUUUUAUGGUCAUCUUGAAAUCGUUAAAUUAAUUCUUAAACAUGGAUGCUCGACCACAACAAUCAAUAAGUAUAAGAAAACUGCAGCAGAAGAGUGUAAUGACACACGAAUUCGUCAAUUGAUACAAUCGUCACAGGUGCCUCUGGGUAACAAUGUACAACCGAACGAUGAAGUACCUCAGAUGAAGUGGGCACAAAUUUAUGAAAAUCGCAAUCACGAAGAUGAAUCCACUCUAGCUACAAAGGUAAUGAAGCUGCGUCUAACUACGUAUUUAACUAAUCAAUUUAAAAUCGAUGGAGCUAAUCGAACAGAUCAUGUAAAGAAAGUUAUCCUUCAAGCGAUUGAUAGAAAUAAUCACAACACUUAUCAAUUCGUAUUAUCAUUCGUCGAAAAAUUUGAAGAGACCCAAAAUCCAGAGCAUUUGAUGGUUUUGUAUGCAUCGGAGACACCUUUCUAUAGCUAUAUAAAUAUAUACCCAGAUGAAAGAUUCUUUGCCGGUUCAGCUUAUCGAGACAUUUCUCUAAGGAUGAAUCAACUUGAGUUCUAUGUUAAAACACGCAAUUAUCCAAGAGGUUUCAUAGAAAUGCGCACAAUAAACGGUGCGAGUAAAUCUCGCCGUGUUGCAGAAACAUACGCCUACUGCAGUCGUCCUCAGACCGGUGGGGUAAAAGCGCUUUUUAUUAUUGAUUUCAAUGAACCAUGUGAAACAGCAAUCGAUGUCACUGACCUUUUCCAAAUGCCAAUAGAGGAAGAAGUUCUCAUCGUACCUGGGACGUUUUUUGAAGUAAAAUCUGUUGAAAUAUCGUCAUCCGAUCAUGAUUCAUCCGACAUGGCCAUUAUCAAACUGAAAAAUAUACCUGUAUCACGUAAUGUUUUGCUUCAAACUAUAAAGGAACUCAAAUAA